CAUUUUCUCGGUUGGAUAUUCUACUCCUACCGAUAUACUCUAUACCUACCUACACCUCCUAUACCCAUCCACCAAACCCGUCUAGACAGACAGACACACAGACAAACAUGGCCUCAACAUCCACCACCACAACAACCACAUCCCACAAACACGACCUCCUCGUCAGCGCCAACUUCGCAACCACCACAUCCAUCCCCUCCAAGCCCACAAUCGACUACGACCACGAAAUCUACCUCCAAUUAACAGCCGAGGCCGGGCGGCCCGCGAAGACGGCGAACCAGGUUUACUUAGAGGAACGCGCGCGCCAGAAAUCCACCCGCGCCUUGGACCCGGCCAUCUCGGAUCCGCAGGGCGAGCCGGGGGCGAUUGAUUUCGAGUGUGCGGAGAAGCAGGGUGAGAGGUCGUAGGGAGGGGAUUUGUUUAAUUAUUAAUGAUUGAUUGAUGAGCUUGUUUAAUUACCAUUUAUCGCUGUCAUACUCAUGGGAGAGGGAAGGCAUUG